GCGCAGAACGUGGGAUUUAGAAGCAGCUGUUGCACGUGUUCGUCGAAUACCCCAACCUUAUCCUGCUUCUUUAAAAGGUCCAACAAGCGUUAGAAAAAUAUUCCGUAAGCAAGAAGAUGCCAUCACUUUUGCAAAACAGUUUGGUGAGGGGAUGAUGGUGUUCAGUUAUGAAAGUUUAUCUGUUGGAAACGAAGGUCAGCGUAUGUUUCUAGCCUCUGGGAUUCAUUCAUUCUUCCACUCUUACAAGCAAAUGGAUCCUUCUUCUCGGUGUCACUAUGAAGUGAUCAUGGUAGACACACCGGCUAAAUUGUAUUUGGAUUUAGAAUUUUGUAAGCUAUCCAAUGAAAAUAAAAACGGAGAGGAAGCUGUGAGUAGCUUUUUGAAAGCUUUGUUUGGUUGUAUCGAAUUUUUCUAUGGGAUAAAAAUUAGCCUCAGUGAAGUGCUUACUUUAGAUGCGAGCACCUCAAAGAAAUUCAGUCAGCAUAUUAUAAUCAAUAAUGCCAACCUUUUGUUUCAAACAAAUUUAGAACAAGGUCAAGUUAUUCGGAUACUUUGUAAAUGUUUAUCACAGUACAGCUUAUUGAAUACAGAUUUAGCGUAUACAGAAGAAUGUUGUCAUUGUUUAGAGCAAAUUUCUCAGAUUACACAAAUUAUAUUCCCAGAAAUUGGUUUUACCGAACAAGAUGCUAAAAAUUGUUUUGCUCUGUCUAAAGAUGCUCAGUCUAAUGAUAAUAAUAAGUUAUGGAAAUGUAUAUGUGAUUUAGGCGUAUAUACACGUAAUCGAAAUUUUCGUUUAGCCGGAUCCUGUAAACUAUCCGGUAGUGGAUUAUUACUGCCUUAUAAUGUAGCGGAUAAAAGUGCAGAAUUUUCAAGUAUAUGGCCAAAUUGGCGAUCAUGGGCGCUUACACUUGUUACCUAUAUUGAUAACAAAUGCUCUCAUCUUUUAAACCGUCCAGUGGAAAAUUGUUGCUGUGGCAACUCUUCAUUUACUGGUUCUCUUUCUGUCAAAUCCUCGUUUGAUCCAGACCUAGAUACAUUUCUGAACAAAAGCACUGAUCAUGUAUGCCAUUCAUUGCCAACAAAUUUCCAUGCUUUCGUAAAAAAUGUCAUAGCGGAAUGGUUUAGUCGGGGAUUGACUACUGUUCAAACUGCCAGUAAUACUGCUUUGUGUAUUUCUGAUAAUCAAAUGAAAAUCACUUCUCUUAGUGAAGGGAAAUUCUCUAUUAAAGUUGAAAAAUUGCGUUACUGCGAAAGAAUCGGUCGUGCACAUAAAAGUAAUCAUAUUAUCCUAAUCUUCGAUCUUGUGAAUGGUUGUUAUUACCAAAAAUGCUUAGAUCCUGAUUGUCGACUGGUAGAUUUUCGUUCACCCAGUAUGCCUAUACCACUUGAGUUUCUUUCUAAUCCUACUACAUCUAACGAAACGAGUCAUUCAACAGAUUACGGUAAUCAGUUUGUGAAGAUGAAUAUUUUGACGCUGCUAUAACUUCUGAAGAUUUGAUGCUUGGUUCUUUACUGGACUCUUUACAAAAGUGAUAAACAGAAGAGGAAUUGUUGUUCGUCACAAUUCUUAUCUCACGGUUGAAAAUGUCAUCAGUUGCUGUUCUGCUGCCUGAAUAUGAUUACAACUAAUACUUAUUUGAAGAAUUAUGUA